GACUGGUAGGUUCAUGCGUCCAGCUCCGGAUGUUGGGUUUCGAAGCGUCGCAGCAAGGGGGUUGGCUUCCGUUUUCUUCGUUCUAGGUACGUACGUAAGGUGCUCAGACGUGAUUGUACGUCCCAUCAGCCUGCGUGUCUCGUCCUGCCGUCUCAAAACGCACGCGGUAUCAGCGUGCACUGGCGUCGUCAGGCUCGAUAACUUGCACGGGAGUGUCUUUACAGGAAGAAGUUGAGGCUAUCCACAUGUCCUUGCCCCGAGAAUUGUUCUCGA